GCGAAAACUGAGAGCAACGCCCAGGAAGACGACCAGGCUGCGUAAGGGCUACCCUAGCUAUGUCUGAACCCCCAGGAGCGUCAAGGAGACGUAGUAAAGCCCAGCGCUUAACCCGCUCCCUUUGCAGCUAUAGAAAUGGAAAUGAUGGUGAAUUGAAUGUUCUUGAUGAUAUCUUGACUGAUGCACCUGAUCAUGAUGAUGAAUUGUACAACCCUGAUAGUGAGCAAGAUAAAAGUGAGAAAAAGGGUUCUAAAAGGAAAAGUGAGAGGAUGGAAGCAGCUGAAAUUAAAAAACAAAAGCCAUCUUUACAUUCCUCAAGGCAGAUCUUACCCAAACCUCCAAGCUCUUCUGUUAGCAACAACAAAAGAAUUGUGAGCGCAAAAGGAAAGCCAGUAUUGGAAUACAAGAGUGAGGACUAUCGAAGGUCUGACAGAAGUAAGCGUCCAGAAGGUGAUAGAAAGAUGCGUAUGACAAGCAGCACUUCCAGAGAUCCCUAUAAGGGACAGCCUGAAAAGGCAUGUAUGAGGAAAAGGGAUGCUGACAGAAGGGCAAAGUCUUCUACUCCAGAUGCUUCUUCAAGGCUAAGGCAUGAUGUGGAGAGACGGCCAAGCAGGUCGAGCCACUCGUCAAAAGAAGAAGUAAAUUCUGAGGACUAUGGUUCAGACCAUGAAACAGGGAGUAGUGGUUCCUCUGAUCCAGGAAAUACUGAAAAUGAAGAAGAGGAGGAGGAGGAAGAGGAGGAGGAAGGAAUGGAGGAGGAAGAGGAGGAGGAGGAGGAGGAGGAAGAGGAAGAUGAUGAUGGAGAGGAGGAAGAAGAGGAAGUAGAAGAAGAUGGAGAUGAUGAGGAAGAAGAAUAUGAUCAAGAUGAAAGAGAACAGAAGGAGGGAAAUGAUUAUGAUACGCGAAGUGAAGCUAGUGAUUCUGAUUCUGAAUCUGCAUCCUUUACUGAUGGGUCAGUCAGAUCUGGUUCAGGCUCCGAUAUAUCAGAUGAGAAAAAGAAGGCAAGGAAAAGAGCUAGAGGCAUCUCUCCAAUUGUUUUUGAUAGAAGUGGAAGCUCUGCAUCAGAGUCAUAUGCAGGUUCAGAAAAGAAGCAUGAGAAAUUAUCAUCUUCCGUUCGUGCUGUCCAAAAAGACCAGACUAGCAAACUUAAAUACAUUCUCCAAGAUGCAAGAUUUUUUCUUAUAAAAAGUAACAACCAUGAAAAUGUCUCACUUGCCAAAGCUAAGGGUGUUUGGUCAACCCUUCCAGUCAAUGAGAAAAAGCUCAAUGCUGCCUUCAGAUCAGCAAGAAGCGUGAUCUUGAUAUUUUCUGUAAGAGAGAGUGGAAAAUUCCAAGGAUUUGCAAGGCUUGCUUCUGAAUCUCAUCAUGGAGGGUCCCCCAUACAUUGGGUGCUACCUGCAGGAAUGAAUGCAAAAAUGCUGGGAGGAGUAUUUAAGAUAGAUUGGAUAUGCAGGCGUGAAUUGCCAUUCACAAAAUCUGCUCACCUGACCAAUCCUUGGAAUGAACAUAAGCCAGUAAAGAUUGGACGUGAUGGACAGGAAAUUGAGCUUGAAUGUGGAACCCAGCUUUGUCUCCUAUUCCCUCCUGAUGAAAGUAUUGACUUGUAUCAAAUCAUUCAUAAAAUGCGUCAUAAGAGAAGAAUGCACUCUCAGCCCCGGUCAAGAGGACGCCCAUCCCGUCGAGAGCCACUCCGAGAUGUGGGAAGGCGUCGACCAGAGGAUUAUGAUAUUCAUAACAGCAGAAAGAAACCAAGGAUUGAUUAUCCCCCUGAGUUUCACCAAAGACCAGGGUAUUUAAAAGACCCCAGAUACCAAGAUAUAGACAGACGAUUUUCGGGAGUUCGGAGAGAUGUCUUCUUAAAUGGGUCUUACAAUGAUUAUGUGAGAGAAUUUCACAACAUGGGACCACCACCACCUUGGCAAGGAAUGCCUCCUUACCCAGGUAUAGAACAGCCUCCCCAUCACCCAUACUACCAGCACCAUGCUCCUCCUCCACAGGCUCACCCUCCUUACUCAGGACACCAUCCCAUACCACAUGAUGCACGGUACAGAGAUAAGCGAGUGCAUGACUAUGACAUGAGGGUAGAUGACUUUCUACGCCGGACGCAAGCAGUUGUCAGUGGGCGGAGAAGCAGGCCUCGAGAGAGAGAGCGGGAUCGUGAACGAGAUCGGCCCCGGGAUACCCGAAGAGACAGAGAUCGGGAACGGGGGAGGGAGCGGGAGCGGGAGAGGAUAUGUGAUCGGGACAGAGACAGAGGAGAAAGAGGAAGAUACAGAAGAUAAUGUAUUGUGAAACUGCAGUUACUUAAGGAAGCAAAGGCUUGUAUAUUUGCGUGUUUACAGGUAGUAAACUUUUAUUUUCCGAAGUCGUCAAACUUGAUUGUGUAGAAGGAUUUAUAACUGACCCUGUUUGUUCCAAGCAUGCCGUAAGCUGUGAACUGGAAAACUUCUCUUGGCCAAAAACAUGUGCAAAGCUUGACUCUUCAGUUGAUAUUUUCAUUUGAGCAGUUUAGAAGACAAACAUUUAAAGAAUGUAGAUAAAUUUUCCCAGUAUGUUUAUCGUAACAGUAAUUUAAUUAUAUGUUCCUUUGACUCCGAGUUAAUAGCUGCCAUAACUUUUGCUCUGGUUUUCUGACAUGUAGCUUUUACUAUUUCUUUGCGGGGUGGGGGGGUGGAAUGCUGCUAUCAAGUAUGCAAAAACUGGGUGUGUGAUAGUUGGCUGUAUGGCAGUUUUGAAGCAGUCACCUUUUGUUUUCUGUUUCUGUUUUUUUUAAUUCCUGUAAAGUCAAGCUUGUUCAAUAAUGAAAGCAAUAGUAAGAUAUUGAACCUGUGCUCUGAUGGUAUUUUGGUUAAUGCUCUUGUCUAAUCACCUCUUUUGCACCCUUCUUUCCUCUAGAUUGUCCAUACUGUUUAGAAUGUCCACCGUGUGCGUGUGUGCGUGAGCACACUGUUGUAUUCUACAUUGCUACCAUUUCCUUUUUUAUAAUAAAGUGCUAACAGUCAA